CGGUCAGACAUGACGAUUCUUCCGUGUGCAUCUGCCAGUGAUCCGCCAGUGUCAUGCCGGGCUGCGGGUUAUUUAUAACGCUGGCUUGAAGCAAAAUGUUCUGCUGUAACUGGAGACUCUUAGUCUGUCAAGUCACGUUGUCUGGAAUGUCAGUGGGGAAAGGGGUGAGGUGGAAGAGCUUCCUGCCUGCCUGCCUGCUCAGUCCCGAGUCUGCCGGCGUUCCCAUUCUGCCCAGGCAUGUCUGCAGAGGUGCCACAACUCAGAGAGGCCUCCUGCUUCACCAUGCCCCUGGACAGUAGCCCCUGGUUUCAAUGUCCGGCCAAGGAGGACGAAAUCAGGAGGGAAGAGGAAGACAGCGAGGAGGUGGACAGUGAAGGGAAAUGGCGGUCCAAGUCCCCGCCGACUUCUGAUGUUUCUGACGAGUCGGAACCUGAGAGCCCGCCGCCAAUUGUGCGCAGAAGGGUGUCAUUCGCCGACGCUCUUGGUCUGAACCUGGUGUCCGUCAAGGAGUUCAGCUGCCAGGACCCGGAAGUUGAGGUGAAGGAAUUGCUCUGCGGACUGGAAACGGACAAGUACUACCUAUCCUGCCUAUUCACCUCACCAUCACCUGAGGUCCUUCUGAAGAAGCUGGAGGAAAAGAAAGUGGUGUUGGAAGCCAUCGAACUCCUACCGGGUACAACCACCCUGAGGGGUACCAUACGCGUAGCCAACCUCUGCUACGACAAGGCCGUGUAUGUACGCACGACCUACAACUGCUGGGCGAGCCACUUCGACAUUCUGGCAGAGUAUAUUCCCGGUUCCAGUGAUCGAGACACAGACGGCUUCAGCUUCAGGCUAACGCUGGUGCCGCCCUUCAAGCCAGAGGGUGUGCGCAUCGAGUUUUGUCUGAGGUACGAAACACCCACCGGGGAGUUCUGGGAGAGCAACGACGGCAUGAACUACGUGUUGUUCUGUCUGAAGCAGAUGCACAGGGACAAGGAGGCAAAGGGGAGAGGGAGAGUCAAAGACAAAGAGGAGAUGACGAAGCCAAAGGGCCAACGAAGCUGCCUCAAAACUGCCAGUAAGAAGAUGUGGCCUGAAUCUAACCCAGUGGCGGGAACAGGAGAAAUCCAAGAUUCAGUCUCUCACAAAGUAGCAAAGGCUGCCAGGAAAGCUGUGGACAACACAGAAAAAUAUGCUAGUGAAGAUUGCCUUCAGAAAACAUUGGUGGAUAGUCGUAGGAGUAGGAGAAGAGCUCGAGUUGCCAACGUGAAAGACCAUUUUACACAGAAGGAAACGGAAGCCCUGCUGGGACACUUUUCAAGUGGUGAAAAAAAUUGCUCGCUAAUCCCAGAGUGCAAUGUGGACACAUGGAGCGAUGCAACCACCACCACUGAACUUUUGAAGAAUGAACAUGCUGACACUCGAACAGACAAGGCUCAUAUACUAAUGUAUCACCAAAUACCACUGCUGUCCCUCAGCUGGGACAGAAACAGUGGACAGAAAGACAUUACAAACAGCCCAGACAACCAUGCUCCCUGCAGUGGAGCUGUCCUAGAGCACCAGACAGAACAUACACAGAAUGAGCUAGAUGGUUCUGCAGGUUACACCCAGGGUGCACAUGGCAGUGGGACAAACAGCACCAUAAAUGCUGUUGAGGAACUAAGCUGCCCUCCUCCAAUCGCAUCUCACUUUCAGUCCUUCCUCAACCAAUCGGAUGAAGCCAUGCAGCCCGCAGGUCUGAAGGAGCUAAUCCAGGUGGCACAGACAGAGACAGGCAUUCAGGACGUGCUCUGGCCGCAAGCCAGCCUGCAUAUGACUGCGGCAUCCAGCAGCAGCUUGGAAGAAAUUCAAAAAUCCGUUUGUCAUGUGAUAGAUGAUCCGGCACGUGAUGUGGGAGAAGGGAAGCCUGCCCUCAACAGUAUCAGCAGAAGGGCAGAGGUCGAAGGUGUAACUUCAGCCACGUCGCAGCUAGUUAAUGCGCCAGAAGCUGUUGGAUUGGAUGACCACAAGGCCAGCAGUCAAACGUCUGGCACUGACCAAAGUGCCCAAGAAGAGGUAACAGCACAGGAGACAUUUGUAGCACACUCAGCAACACAGACAACCACAGAGGGAGCAGCAGAGAGGACAGAACCGGUAGUGACGCAUGCUUCCAAAAAGAUACCACAGGAAUCUGCACAGUCAUCAGGAGAGAUAGUGGCAGAGACCAUGGCAAGCAUAGAAACAAUAGAAAAGACUGCAGCAGAGACAAUAGUAAUGAAUACAGAAAUGGCACAGAAAGAGGGAGAAAUGACACCGCCACAGGUGACAGAAGCCAAAAAGGCAUGUGCAGUGGAAACAGCAACAACACCGACCUCAAGCCCCUGGAAACCUCUGGGUGCAAAUGAAAGAGUCUCACCUGGUCCCUGGGAGAGAGAGGGCAAAGGAGGGAGCGAGCUGUCAGUAAACACCAUGGCAAAGGUCAAAGGAGGUGAAAGUCAAGACCGCGUCAGCCCCACCUCUGGCGAUGACACCAUGACAUUUACGGACACCGACAGGGCGACGGUACAUGAGCGCGUACAUCCCAUGAGGCAACGGGAGGGUGAGGAGGAGAUGGUGGCGGAGGGAGAGGGAGAAGGAGAGCAUCCUUUCAAAAUCCUGAAUGAAAGGGAAUACAAAGAGUCAGGAGAGGCAAAGAGAGAUAUGAUCCAGGAGAAGGAGGGGGACUUAUCGCGGGAAAUGUCACAUUUCAAAGCAACAAGACAGGAUGUGGCAGUGGUAUCAGAAACUGACAGACUGGAGUGUAAAGUGUCAAAAGAGAGGAGGGAAGAUUAUGCUGCGGAGGACUGGAAAGAUGAAAUGGAAAAGUGUUUGGGACUGGGGAGAGAGCAGGGAUACGUCAAUGAGCCAGCCCUGUACGAACAGUUCACAAAGGCCAGCAAAGGGCUGGAGGGAGAAUGCCACAGGAAAUCACAUUCAGGGAUGCUCACUGAAGGACUUGGACGGAUGGGAGGGGAGAGAUGUUUGAUGGGUGACAACAGCACUGUACUAACCAAUUCAGUAGGGUCCGAGGAAGAGCAAGGGACUGUUACUUUAGUUAAGGGUAAGGGCAAAAAAUUAUGGGAUGCAGCUCCAAAAGCCUGUGCAGUGGAGGGGUCCAGCGGGGGCAUGUCACUGCCUUCCAUUAACGCAUUAGUAGAUCAACCGGUGGCACAAGAUCCAUGUGUUCCCACUCCUACCCCAAUACAAACUCUUUGCUCAAUUCAGAUCACACUGGGUGGACAAGAUCCCUUUUUGUUUGAUUUGGAAGAGACGUCCCCUGUCUGCCAGGUUGGGACAGCGACCUGGUCCACCUGUGCCAUCUCUGCUCCAUUAGGUGACGCUCACGAAAAGGGGGUGGCGCUGAGACAUGGGAGGCCACCACAACCAGUAGGACACCUCCAGUCACCCAGAGAGGAGGCUGAAGUCCACACCCAGUUCCCCAGGAUCCCUGCACCUGGCAGAGGUUCAGAUGUCGCGAGACCAGCCCCUCUUUCCCUGUGGUUAAAUGAGGUAUGCUCCCUCAGUGCCAUGUCCAGAGGUGCAGUGUAUGCCCUUCUGUUUGUGAUGUUCUUCUUAACUGCAUAUGUGUGUGACCUGCCGGUCUGUCUGGCCAUCUAUUUGGUUUCCCUGUAUUGGUGGUGUUGUCAUGGAGAAAAAACGCCGCUUCCAGGGGCGAAAGUAACGGAUUAAGCCUCGAGAGUUUCUCCUGAUUUGUAAAACUGAGAUCACCAGCCUCUCUCUUAUCUUCCAUUAUAAAUCAAGAUGCAUUACUACAGUUUUUUACAGUUGGUUUGACACUUUGCCACAAAAAAGUGAAUGUAGUUUAAUUGAACAUUUAAAUGGCUGUGGAGCUUAACUCAUCUGUCGCUGAGUUAGUAUAAUGAUGCAGUUUAGAGAUGUGGUGCUGGAACUCGAGAUGGCGCAAUACAAUGAUGCUGCAGGGAACUGAUUCUGAUCUGUCCACCAUCCAAAGAGUACCCAAACAUUCACAAUAUAAUUACAGUUCUCAUGACGAUGCCUGUCUCGGCUGCUUCAGCGGAAAGGUCAUUCGGCAGCUUGAGACAUUUUAAGACAUACCUUAGGAACAGUAUGACAGAGACAUUGGCUCUAAUAACAAGAUUGACUCUAAUGAGUAUUAAUAAAGACUUUGAAAUCAAUAUAGAGAGAGUUUUGAAGGAGUUUGACACAACAGGGACCAUAAGAGUCUUUCAUUGAUUGAUUACUGUUGGUGCACAUAAUGAGCUAGCAAACCAAGAAACACAUUUACUUCAGCAUUUAUCUGAUUGAUGUUUAUUGUUUGAAAAUGUGUUUAAAAUCUGUGGAUGCUAACCCUCCAUAAUUGGGUUCAGUGCUAGCAAGUUCGCUCGCAGGCAUCUGAGUGAUCUAAAAUAGAAGGGGAAUUUGUUUAUAAAAAAUGCAAGUAUGAACUGAAAAUAAUAGCAAAAUGAGAGCCAAAUCAGGUUUUGGCUGGAGCAGUACUUUAAACUACCAUAAAAUCAGUAUGAAAAGAUAAUGUUCCAAUUAACUUUUAUUUUUAACGUGGCUUGUUUAGCAGUGCAGUCUUUGUCACGCUGUCCCAUGCUCCUCUUCUGUGACGGAGUGUUGUCACUACAGAUGAGUAUGUGCUAUGACUGCCAUACCACUGAGCCGGGCUCUUUGGCGUUGCGGUCAGAGUGCAGGUUUGGUACCUGUAGACCUGGGUUCAAGGCCAGGUGGGGUGACUGUUCUCUUUGCUACAAAUGGUGUCAGAUAGCUUGCUGUGAAGCCAUCGGAGGCGUGCCCAGUAUGUGAACCGUAUGAGGGACCCCCAGGUAGGUUGACCCCUGUGUGAGGAACCCUAGAGAUGGGUGAAGCACUAGUGUGUGGGGCACCCUGGGAUGGGAUCAAUGACGGGUGGUGUGACUGCUCUUUCCCUAAACUACAACGUCAAUAGAUAGUUUCUCUAUGUUCUAAACCUGACAAAAUGUACAUCACUGUAGAUGGAAAUAUGCUAUAUUAUGUGAAGUUCAUAAAAAUGUCACUCCUACGACAGAUGACACCAUGGUUCAGCAUGAAGGCUACCAAUAGAACUCUCAUGUGUUCUUGUUUCACUUACCCUACUGGAAAUGAAAAGCAUCCGCACACUUUUAAAAUUUCAUAUUUAUUUAUUUGUUAUUACAAUAUGUACUAUAAAGAGGUGUCAUUCCUUUGUUUGUGUUACAAGCAGAAAUAGAGGAUACAGCAACACAUUAUAUUUGCAUUUCAAGCUGUUUGUGUUUUUUAGUUAAUUGUAUUUUAAAUGACACCAUAUUCCUGCUGUGUGAGAGCAUUUGCUAUCGUUCUGGAAGCAUGAUUCAGUUUUUGGUGAAGUAUGAAGAGUUUUUGUGGUUGUAGUGCAUUUUACACGAAAGCUUAACUUUAACAGGUGUGUGUUCGAUAAAGCACACUGUGUGAACAGUUUUGAAAAAGUGUGACACAAGUGUGAACAAGAUUGUAAAAAACUGUAAUCUCAAACAUUAUCCCUAAAAAUGUCAUGUACUAGAAUUACACUGCUGUCUAUCAACUCAAAGGUGAGUGGGGGUAAGGUGGUCUAGACUGAGCUUUUAGUUGGAAUGCAUACAUUUUAAGGGCCCAAGUUUAUACGUUUUAAAAAUGUCAACCUGUUUGAAUAUGAUUAUUUGACUAGUUCUUCAUCAAUAAAACGUGUGUGAAAA